ACCGCAUCGACGGUAAACGCUGCCAUUUCAAGGUCAAAACAAGCGGGCUGCCCGUCUUGAAGGGACAAGGAUUGCCCGCUGCUUGGCCGCUCGUGCCGAAGUCUCAUGCUAUGGAUUCUCUACUGCGUACUGUGGUUUGCCUGCCCUACACAGCGAUCAUUCAUAGUGAGCCAGUGGCAACCAGACGCGUUUCGGAGCCCGGCCGAGCUCGUGCGAAGCAAGGGUUACGCGGCCGAAGAGCACGUGACGACCACCGAGGACGGUUACGUGCUGAGCCUGCAACACGUGCUGAGUGGUGGAGGCCGACUGCCUGGAGCACUUCCUGGACCGCCAGUCUUGCUCGUCCAUGGACUGCUAUCUUCGGCCGUCGAGUGGGUCAUCAACUACCCCCAGGCAAGUCACCGAUUCCUGCUUGCCGAUGCGGGCUACGAUGUGUGGCUGGGAAACUACCGUGGCACGCCUUACUCGAGGGGUCACCGAGAGUACAGUGAUAGUGACAGCCGCUACUGGGACUUCCGCCUGGAUGAAAUUGGUCUGCUGGACCUGCCCGCCCUGGUGGACUACGUGCUGGCAAGCACUGGAUGGCCGCAGCUGUUUUUGGUGGGAUUCUCUCAGGGAAACACGGCAGCAUGGGCGAUGCUGGCCGACAAGCCGCAGUACAACAAUAAAAUACUCCUGGUGGUCGCCCUCGCACCCGUUGCGAACAUGACGUUCAUCCGAAGCCCAGUGCGUGUUCUAGUCCCUAUCUCACCUCUUCUCACGGUUCAUCGGCUGACGAAGGAGCGGAGCACAGCGAUCUCGAGGAGGACCCGCGGACUCCUUUCGCCGGCACACCCUCUGAAGAAAACGCAAUCGGCUGUCUGUUCUCCCCUCACGUCAAAGUCGUUGUCCAAGGCGGUGCCCAUUCCGUCCUCCGGCGCUAAGAGUUCUCACGACCACGGCGUGUACGCUGCCACACACAGCGGAAGAGACUACAUUCGAUCGGGCCGCACCAAGCAUUCGGCCUCCGUGGACCACACGUUAAUGCCCGGUGAUACACAGAAACUCAAGAAGAGGCUCAGGCAGUCGUCGGCCGAAGGGCCUGUCACCCCGUUUGCCAGGGAGCGGACACAAGAUCGGCAGGAAUAUCGCGUCGUAGGCAGCGACGUUUAA